ACCAUCCUCGCCCUGUGCUUCUGUUGUCAAGCUGUGCUCAAUCUGACCAGAACUUGUAGAGACUUCAGGGACACCAGGGAUUCUCAACAACCACUUGCAAGUAACAAGCCACACUGAUGUGAGCAGAAAAAAUAUUGCCAACCCAUCUCCUACUCACCAUCCCUGAAGCCUCAGUACACACCAGGCCCCUCUGUUCAUGAAGGCAGGGGACCCCAGGUGGCAGAGGGGGGAAGGUGACCUGGAGGACAGGCUGGUGCACCCUCCAAAGAGGUCCUGGGGGCUGCUCCCACCAGAACGGUCUGUGCUCCCCAAAGACCACUGGGGACCAAGGAGCAACUUUAGGAGGGGAUUUUUCAUGCCAGCUUCCAGGGUGGACAGAGGUGGUAUCAACGCCUUUUCCCUUGAACAAGAGUGCCCAAGAGAGACCCAGCCAGCCGGGGGGCGAACAUCGCGGCGCUUCCAUGGGAAUCCGGCCUCGGGCUCAGAGCGCUGGCGCCUCUCAGAACCUGGGGGACGCGGCGGCCGCAGCAGCAGGUUGGAGGGCGCGCAGCUGGGGCCGGAGGGACUGGGUCGGCACCCGCAGCCGGAGUCAGAGCCCGAGCCGGAGACGGAGCUGAGACAGAUGUCAAACAGAAGUAAGCCAAGCCAAGCCCUGCAUGCCAUGGCUUCUGCCCUGACCUUGACUUCUACGACCCUUGCUCUGACCCCGCAGGUCCAGGCCUCACUGUCCACUGCACCGGGACACACACCUGUCCCCAGGUACCAGCGACACCUCUGCCCCGGCCAGGCCCAGGCUGCCACUGGUAACCACAGCUCCCAGGAGGCUGGGGCUGGACCUGUCCAGGCCCCGUGGCCCGCUGCCCUCCUCCUGGCCCCGGCCUGCUGUCGACCUUCAAGCAGACCUUGGCAGUGGAAAUUUCAGGGCCCCAGAGGGGACCCCCAAAGUGAAACUCAAGCCCAGAAAUGGAUUUUCUUUUUCUCCAAGAGCAAAAGAAGUUGAAUAAAAAAUUAGUUACUAUUUUUA